AUGCUGCAGCCCCCGGCCCUGGCGUGCCGGGUCCGCACCGCCGUGCGCCCAGGGAAUAAAAUUACAAGUCGCUCCGGCUUUCAGAUGAUUGAUCCCCGCAAACCCCUGAGAGUGGGGCUCGUCGACAGAGAAGUCAAAAGCAAAUUCCGUUCCCUUUGGAGCUGCGCCGCUAGAGACUGGGCCCAGCUGGGUGGUGAUGAAAGGAUCUGGAAGAGUCUAUACUGGUUCCUCUGCUCACCCCAGGCCGUGGGCCUGGUGGUCUACUGGAUUGGGGAUUUGUCCAUUGAGUACCUGGUGGGAAGAACAGAGGAGACAGGGGAGGGCGGGGUCGGCGGCGCCGGCGCGGGGUGGGUGUGGCUGGCGGACACGCCCUUGACUCCGCCCCCGGACGCGGAGCUAAGUAGAAGCUCAGUAAGCGAUUGUGAUUGUGGCGUGCCCUCGCUGGGUUACGCAUCGGCGCGAGCUGCUGCCGAGGCCGACUUCCCCUCUGCUUGGACGUGGGUCUGGACCCCCACAGUACGGCUGGCCCCCGCCGACAUGGAGCAAAAGGCUGAGGAGCUGAGCCAGUGGCAGGCUGUGCAGCAGCCCACGCAGGUCAUGGAGAUGUGGAGGAACCGUCUCUUAGCUGCUAAAGCAUCUGAGCAAAAUGUGGAUGAAAUGGGUUUGCAUGGAGCAUGGAGCAUGGAACAUGGAGCAGGCUACGGUUCCCAAGUAGCUUCUAUUCCUCCCCAGAUGUACUGUCACGGAAUGUCUCCUUCCCAGUCUGGGACAAUGAUGUGCCAAGGGUCCCAGGUGAUGCCCCUAGGAGACACAGGUAUUCCAGGAGUGGCCAUGAACUUCAAUGAACAUCUAAGGAUGCCUUCCAGUGGGCCACCAGCCACAGCUUCUGGUAGAACCUUAGUAAUUUCCCACCCCAGUGCUCCAGCAAUGCCUUAUUCUGGCUCCUCAACAGUGCCUUCUACCAACACAUCUUCCACACUUAAAAUGAUCUUGGGACCGACCAUGCCUUCCUCCGAGACCCAGGCUAUGCAUCCUUCUAUGGUUCAGAUGUCCAACAGAGAGCCCUACAAUCUGGAGAUGCCUUCAGCUCAGUCUCAAUUAUUGAUGUCUUUAGAAUCCCAACAUUCUCUUGUAAACCAAUCAGUAUCCCAGGAGGGCCCCUUCAUACCUGAGGAGCCAACACCUGCUCCACAGAGGCAAGCAGAGAACGUCAACGCUCAGAGAAGGGCCUCUCCAGUUUUAAGGCCUUACGUCUGCGAGCAUAUUAACUGUGGAAAAGCUUACACCAAGCGCUCCCAUCUCUUGAGUCACCAGCGCAAGCACACAGGGGAGAAGCCAUACAAAUGCCACUGGGAAGGCUGCACGUGGUCUUUCUUCCGUUCUGAUGAGCUUGGACGACACAUGCGGAGGCACACCAGAGAUCGACCACAUCGGUGUAAUCAGUGUGGCCGAAGUUUCAUGCGCUCUGACCAUCUCAGGCAACACGAAAAGAUUCAUCAGCGAGCAUCAGAAUCCCCAGAACCUCAGGUCAACAGUGGGCAGAUGGGCAGUCCUCCUGCUGCUGGCCUUUAG